AUGCAACAGCCUGCGGUUCGCAUUUUGUCCUCAAGCGUCCUCGCCAAGAAGGUAGGAGGGACUUAUUAUGACGACCCACUGGACGAAGUCUACGCGAUGCAACGUGCCCGCGCCCUCGGUGUCAAUGUUCCUGCCUUCCGCCGCUUGGUCCCGAUUGACGACUUCGGGUCCUACUACCUUGUCAUGGAGCGCGUUAUUGGGGACACGCUCGAGCAAUUGUGGCGAAGCAUGAGCCUGUGGGGGACGCUGCGCGCCGCCUGGCAGUUGCGUGGCUACCUGCGCCUGCUUCACACCGUCACCGCACAGACGACUGGCGGUCUACACUCUGGCCGAACACGCUCUAUCUGGCUGGAUGACCAACGUGGUCCCGUUCGACACGCCUCUCCUGCCGCCUUCGUCGGCUACCUGAACUGGUGGCUGGUAAACUGCCGCCCCGAGUAUUGCACGUCAUACCCCGAGCUCGUCCUCAAGCCGGCCAAGGACCAUAUCCUCGUACACCAGGAUCUCGCCCCCCGCAACAUGAUCCUGGACUCUCACGGAACGCUCUAUCUCGUCGACUGGGGUAUCUCGGGGUUUUACCCAGAGUACAUGGAAUACUUUGGAAUAGAUGCGACAUCGUCGCUCUGCUCGAUGCAGUGGCUGAGGGAACGGACAUGGGCGGCAUGGUGGGGGCGUCUCAGGUGGUCAUUGUUUCGCUGGGUUGCAGCUGGCUCCGGUUCGCGUUUUCGGGACGCCUGGAAGGCCUUUGGUGUCAUCUCGAUACGCACGCAACACUUCAGAUUGGACAAGACACCAUUCUCGGACGAGCUAUAG